UGGGAAAUGUGACUGGGGUGUAAUUUGGCGAUGACCUCCGAUUCGCGAAUCCACAUCUAACGUUGCUUUGUAUAUACAUGUAGAUGAAGCGAAGUGAAUCAUAUUUGUGUGUUAACGGCAAUCACCCAGCUGUGAACGGGGUUAACGGCUUGAAUUUUUACAAGCCUGGGUGAUCAAUUGAAACCAGCAUGCCAACUACUAUAAAUACAUUUUAUGAAUUUUACUGUACAGUUUAAUAUGUAUACGCUAGUCAGGCUUACUCGGAAAGACACUCAGCAUAAAUCUGGAAAAGGUAAAUAAAAACAGAAUGCGACUGAAAGAAAAACUUGGAUUAUCAUCACCAUCAUGUUUUUUUCGCUUAAUCGUUUGUUGCGUCAUUUUAACGACAGUGCUUAUUGCUAUACUCAAUAAUGGCUCUAUGUCGUUCACGUAUAGGGAACGAUAUAACAAAUUUAAAGUCUUAAAAUCCACAAGGAACAAGGAAGAUACUACUACAUAUGAUGAAUUCCAAACUUUAGCAUUGAUUAGAAAUGUUACCAACAGCAAACAAAGAAAGAAAGUCACAAUCCCGUUAAGUGAGAGCUAUUCAACAGUGGAAAAUUCAUCUCACUCAAGUAUACAACGUUUUGUUGCUGUAAACAAAACAGAAACAAGUAAACAAGACCGAAAUCAAUCUUCCCCUUAUCUUGGGAAACAAACAAACAAAAUCACAAGCACUAUAUUGAAGAGCUAUUCACCAGAGAAAAAUGCAAAUUUCUCAAGUGCAGAACUUUCCAUUGAUGUGAACAAAACAAAAAUAAAAACUUGCAACCAAAAUCGAACUCAAUCUUUCCCUUAUCUGAGCGGCAUACACAGUGAUCCGCCUCUGGAUAUCGACUUUAAAAGAGGAAAGUUCGUUUAUAACAUCGAGCUUGAUUACCUUAUAUGGAUGGUUUCUGUCUGGUCGACUGCAGAAUAUUGUCACGCCGAAGGUUGGCUCGGCAAAACAAAGACUACAAGGAAAGUAUUUGUGGUUGGCAUCUCAAAGGCAACGAAAAUCCCCAUAUAUGUAGUAGACAUAGGCGUGGCUGAACCAAAUAAAGUUAAACCAGCUCAAUACACAUUGAUUCUUACUCGACGAAGUCGGGGUAAACGAGGGCGUUUUCCCAAAAAAGUUAAUCAUAACGUGUGUCUAAUGAGGCAGGAAUGUGACAAAAUGAUUUUUCCAAAAGAGCCAUGCGGACUGCAAGCAACUGGUAAUGACUCUUGGAACACGGUAAAGACACAGAACGCCAAACUACCAGAAUGUGAGUCUGGAAACGAACCAGGGGCUUGGUUGGUACCAUGUGCGGAUUGUUCUGAUGCUAACAGUUGCUAUUGGAAACAGGCAUUAUGGCAGCCUAACAAAUGCAGUCACCAUAGGCCAUCACUAAAGGCGGUACAACGUAGCUACGAUGGAAAAAAUAUUCUCUUCCUUGGGGACUCGACUCUACGUGGAAUAAUGUAUUAUAUGAUGGAAUAUAUCAAUGGCAGUCUUACGGAAUGGGAGAUGUCUCAUGAAUCUCUUGUAUAUAACAACAUUAACAGAGGACGCACAAAUGUCAGUUUUCUCUACUAUCUCGGCCUUCAAAAAGAUCCGCCUCCUAUCAACGUAGCUCUAAAAACACUUGUGAACAUGUCUCAACCAGUUAAGAAUUCUAGCAGUACUGUGCUAGUGGUUGGACGCUUUAAAAGUCUUGAUAAUAGCGACUUUCCGCUCCUGAUGUCCACGCUGAAAGAGCUGGGACUAACUGGGAUCAAGUUAGUUAUGAAGACAAUGGGUUCUAAUAGAUGUAAG